GUAUAAUGUCACAGAAUAGUCCCGCUCCUUUCAGCUAACACACAUAUCUUUCCGCUGGGAGAGAUGGGUCGAGAAGCGCUGCCGCAGCGUUCAACUCGUGGGAAACGCUUAAAGGCGGCUGUAGACGAGGAGGAAGAGCAGGCAGAUGCCCAGUUUUGGAAUCAAGAGUUCUUUAAGGAAGAGGCGGUAGAUGAUGACUACAAGACUGAGUCGGAAUCAGAGGACGAAGUAGAUAGCGACUUCGAUCAAAAGGAGGACGACGAUGAUGACGAGGAAGUGGAGGUUCGCGAUGAGCCACGGAAGAAGGCUUUGAAACCGCCUGGGUAUAAGGCGAAGCCCAAACCAAAGCCAAAGCCCAAACCGAAAGUCAAGGUCGAGGAGGAUGACGACUACGCAGAGGAGGAGGAAGAGGAAGAAGAAGCAGAGGGAGAGGAGGCGGAAGCAGCAGCAGCCCCGAAGGCUCGCAAACCUCCGCCCGAGCCUAAAGUCUACGUGGCCCCAACUCUGCGCCGAUCAACCGUGGCCCGAGUAGCGGAUUCGACAAGAGAGCGACAGUAUAAAGAAAAGUCCACCCCUAGGCGCCGAGGCCCCGGCAGCUCGAACAGCAACUGGCGGCCCCUGACGCAACAGGAGCUCCUAGCUGAGGCGGCACUCAAUGAGAUUGAGAACACACGAUCCCUGAAAGCGCUGCUGGCUCAGGAGGAGGAGACGAAGCGCAAGGCGCAGGUGGUCAAGAAGAAGAACACAGGGCCCAGCAUCAAGUUCCGGACGAAGCGGGGAGCGGACGGCGAGGAGCAUACCACCCUAGAGCUCGUCAACACCUACGUCCCUCCUCCUCGGAUGCAACCCUCCCACGCGCCGCCGCCGCCCGACAAGCCCACCUGCUUCAUCACCGCCCUGCCCGCCCGCUACACCGACCCCGCCACCCGCACGCCCUUUGCCAACACCCUCGCCUUCAAGCGGCUUCGCACCGGCGCCGGGCCGCUGGCUCCCAGCCUGCAGCAGCAGCUGGUGCUGCACCACCACAUGGAGGAGCUGCAGCAGCAGCAGCGGGGCGGGCAGCAGGGGGCAGGGCAGCAUGGGCAGCAGCAGCUGCUUGAGCAGCUGCGAGCUCAGAGGCAGCGGAUGGAGCAGCUGGCGGAGCGGGCGCGGGCGGUAGCGGAGGCGGCACGGACGGAGCCGGCAGUGCCGGAGAUGCUGCCACCGGGCGCCACUGUGGACGUGAUGGCUCUGCUGGUGGACGUGCAGCGGACACUGCAGGCGGCGGCGUGAGGGAGGGAUGGACUGACAGCUGCGGUUAAGCGCUCCCUGCAGGCGGCGGCAUGAGGGAUGGAGGACUGCCAUCAUGUGCGAGGCUGUGGUGAAAGCGAGGCUGCUGCAGAGGA